GUUAGUUAUACAAUUUUGGCCAGCUUGUGUGGGUUACAAGAGCUGAAAUUACUUCAACUCCUGCUACAUCCCAGGACAGUCACAACACUGCACAGACGUUGCAGGACAAUAUUGUGGGCAGAUCAAGACUCCUUUGAAGGUGAUAAGAGAUGACACUAAUCUCUGUCUGAGAAUCCUGUGUGCUGAAGAGCUGUUUCUGCUUGAGCUCCUGGCUUGAACAAGCCUUCACUGUAGCCACGUCAGGCCAACGCUUGUGUAGGUUGCUCAACUUCCUUAAUGAUGGGUAUUGGCAAGAACACGACCUCCAAAUCAGUGGAGGCUGGGAGUUCCACAGAGGGCAAAUAUGAAGAGGAAGGGAAGCACCCCAAUUUCUUUACUCUCCCGGUGGUGAUCAAUGGUGGAGCCACAUCCAGCGGAGAGCAGGACAACGAAGACACUGAGCUCAUGGCAAUCUACACCACGGAGAAUGGCAUCGCAGAGAAGAGUUCUCUUGCAGAGACCCUGGACAGCACUGGGAGUCUGGAUCCCCAGAGGUCGGAUAUGAUCUACACUAUAGAAGAUGUUCCUCCCUGGUACUUGUGUAUAUUCCUGGGGUUGCAGCACUACCUGACCUGUUUCAGCGGCACAAUCGCCGUGCCUUUUCUACUGGCUGAUGCCAUGUGCGUGGGAGAUGACCAGUGGGCCACCAGUCAGCUCAUCGGGACCAUUUUCUUCUGCGUGGGAAUCACUACAUUGCUGCAGACAACAUUUGGGUGCAGGUUACCCCUGUUUCAGGCCAGUGCUUUUGCAUUUUUGGCCCCUGCUCGAGCCAUCCUGUCUUUAGAUAAAUGGAAAUGUAACACCACAGAGAUUACAGUUGCCAAUGGAACGGCAGAGCUGUUGGAACACAUCUGGCAUCCCCGGAUCCAAGAGAUCCAGGGAGCUAUCAUCAUGUCCUCAUUGAUAGAAGUGGUCAUCGGCCUCCUUGGCCUGCCUGGGGCUCUACUGAGGUAUAUCGGACCCCUGACCAUCACCCCCACUGUGGCCCUCAUUGGCCUCUCAGGUUUCCAGGCAGCAGGAGAGAGAGCGGGGAAGCACUGGGGCAUUGCCAUGCUGACGAUUUUCUUGGUGUUACUAUUCUCACAAUAUGCCAGAAAUGUUAAAUUUCCUCUCCCAAUUUAUAAAUCCAAGAAAGGAUGGACUGCAUACAGAUUACAACUUUUCAAAAUGUUUCCUAUAAUCCUGGCUAUCCUCGUGUCCUGGCUGCUGUGCUUCAUCUUCACGGUGACUGAUGUCUUCCCUUCCAACAGCACCAACUAUGGCUACUAUGCACGCACAGAUGCCAGGAAGGGUGUACUUCUGGUAGCCCCAUGGUUUAAGGUUCCAUACCCAUUUCAGUGGGGGAUGCCCACCGUCUCUGCGGCUGGUGUUAUUGGCAUGCUCAGUGCUGUCGUAGCCAGUAUCAUCGAGUCCAUUGGUGACUACUAUGCCUGUGCCAGGCUCUCCUGUGCCCCACCACCUCCUAUCCAUGCUAUAAACAGGGGUAUUUUUGUGGAGGGUCUCUCCUGUGUUCUCGAUGGCAUAUUUGGUACUGGGAAUGGCUCUACUUCCUCCAGUCCCAAUAUUGGAGUUUUGGGAAUUACAAAGGUCGGCAGCCGCAGAGUGAUCCAGUAUGGCGCAGCACUCAUGCUGGGCUUGGGCAUGAUUGGCAAGUUCAGUGCCCUGUUCGCAUCCCUCCCAGACCCUGUGCUCGGAGCUCUCUUCUGCACGCUCUUUGGAAUGAUCACAGCUGUUGGCCUCUCUAACCUUCAGUUCAUUGACUUGAAUUCUUCCCGGAACCUGUUUGUGCUUGGAUUUUCCAUCUUCUUUGGACUUGUUCUUCCAAGUUACCUCAGACAAAACCCACUGGUCACAGGUAUAUCAGGAAUUGAUCAAGUACUGAAUGUCCUUCUCACAACGGCAAUGUUCGUAGGAGGCUGUGUGGCGUUUAUUUUGGACAAUACCAUCCCAGGUACCCCAGAGGAAAGAGGAAUCAAGAAAUGGAAGAAAGGUGUGAGCAAAGGAAGCAAGUCUCUUGAUGGCAUGGAGUCUUACAAUUUGCCAUUUGGCAUGGACAUUAUUAAAAAAUACAGAUGCUUCAGCUACCUACCUAUCAGCCCCACCUUCGCAGGCUACACAUGGAAAGGUUUUGGGAAGAGUGAGAACAGUCGGAGUUCAGACAAAGACUCCCAGGCCACAGUAUAGCCUUUGCUGUGCCCUGUGGCCUGGCCACAGUGAGGCAUGUAUCUGUAGUCCCUUGCUGAGUAACAAGAAGAUAUAUGUUUGUAUAUCUACGUUGGCAUCCUGCACCUCAGAGCUAAGACAGGUUGCACAUCACUCUUCUGGUGUGGGUGGUGAUUGUGUCCAAUAUGGUGUCUCGCUUGUCUCCUUAUUGGUUCCCUAUCCUUUUCAUGUCCAUUGCUGGCCUUGGUCACUGAACUUGAAGUCACAGUCCUGCUAUUGGAGUGGGCUUGGUCCUGCUUUUAAUUUUCUGCUGCACAGACUUCCAGUGCCCUCUUUCCUGCAAGCCACUUCAAGGUCCAGGGGUUUCUGCUUCUAAACACUAUGUCCCACUCUUCUCCCUUGAUCUCAGCUUGAGUCCUGCAGACACCUCUUCUGGCCAAGGGGCUACCAGUGUCCUUAAUUUGUCACAUCUGCCUGGUCAGAUGUUGUCCCCAAUACCCAGGAGCCUAUUGACCUGACUGAAACCAGUGACAUGGCUGACCUAUGCCUAGAUGUAAGUAUGCAUAAGGUCUGUAUAGCUACGACUGGGUGGAACUCUGUUUAGGAGAUUGACAGAGAUUGAAAGGUCCUGAGUCAAUGGGAUUCUCAACUUCUCUCCUCCUUACCAUCCUGGUCCCAUCCAGGUCAGCACAGUUCAUACUAGUCUGUUUUACUGGCUGAGACAACCUAUUUGACAUUUUCACUGCUGGCUGGUGUGACGGGUAUAGAGUGCUCACAGAUAAGUCUGUGGGCGUCUUGGCUCUGCUGUCCUGUACUGUUGUGUGUGUUUUUUCCUAUUUAAUGUUAUGGCUGUAGCAGAUAUUUGAAGUCAGUGUUUUCCAUGUGAACUUCUAACCUUGCAUCCUAUUCCUUGUCCUCUGCCUGUUACCCCAUUAAGAAAAGAACCAGUGUGUGUAAAGCUGUGGGGUGCUAUCAGGGAAGCUUCUUGGAACGGCUGUGAAGGCCAGUGACCAUUGUUGUGGAUGUGUUUUGUACUGCUCGAUACCAUGAAAGUGUAAAUACUAUAAUGUCUAAGCUAUUUAUCACAACUGACUACUGGACCAGAACCCAGAAACAUGGGUCAAGUUACAUGUGAAUUUGUUUGGUGAAGAAGGGAACCUGGGACAGAAAUGCAGCCAUUUCCUUCUGCUGCAACUCAUUGCUGGUAGAUCUGGCUUAAUAGGACUUUGUGUGGAUUGUCAGGUCACAUGUCACUGGAUCUUGAUUCUUGUGAAAGGGAAGAUUUGAUCCCUUAGCCAAAUAGCCUGGGUAAUUCAUUUCAGAAGACAGUAAGAAAAGCACUACUGGGUGCCCUCUGUGAAGUGUUCUAACAUAGAACACAAAUUCUUGCUUACAAUUGACUUGUAUUGAUUUGGUUUUGGUUUUCAAGCCAAGGGGGAAAGCCAAGACACAGAGUAAUGACCUUGCUUCAUGAGGUUGUACCUCUUAAUGACUGUGGACCUGGCUGAACCAUGCAUGGCAGUGGGCAUCCCCCCACCCUCCAUCCCCCGCAAGGUAUGACUCUCAGUAGCCUUCUAUCCACAGAAUGUGUUUCUGUACCCCAGCCCUCAGGCUGGUUCAGUGUCACCGCAUUGCCAGACCUUUUGUUUCAUUUCAUUUCUUUUUUUUUUUUUUAAAUCUCUGCACUUUUUAAAUCUCUGGGUUUUGAUAACACAUCACCUCAGAGUCACCGCAUUGUUUGGCUAAAAUCUUACUCCAGAUUAAGAACUUGGUUUCUAAUUUGUAUUUAGUUUUAUGUUUUCUAAAUGUAUAUUCGGAGUAAUUAGUGCUUUGGAAGCACAUUGGUGAGUAGCUUUUGUCCCUCCUUCCUUAGCAAGCCUGUGUGGAUGACAGCUCUCCUGCUCUGUAUUUACUCUGUGGCCUCAGUUUGCAUUUUGCUUAGUUUAUCCAGUUUCUCUGUCCAGAAGCUCCUGAGAUUUGCAGCAUUGUGGUGCUGCUGCAGGCAGGAGUUAGGAGUUUACACAGAAGUGUGAGAACAGCCGGUAAUCCCGGAGCAGUGUCCUACCUGUUACACCUGUCCUGCUGAGUGCCACCUGUCCUGAGCAACUCCCUGAGUCUUCCCAUUUGGUUGUAAUUUGCUCUCGCCACUGUUAGUCUAGGGCAUGAGCUCAGGAAGUAUCUAUAUGAUCAAGGAAGUGCUAUGCCAAUAUCUCCCCUUGGAAACAGGGUUGGGACUUCAUGCUUCUUCAGAGUCAGCUUUUGGUAUUCUUGGAAGGAAGGGGCAGGAGGUAGGAGGGAAGAGAGCAGCCCCACCAGGUGCCCCAUGUUGUGUCAUAAGGUUUGUCCAUGCAGCAUGCAGUCCCCCAGAACAUUUAGGGAAGGUGCACUUAUAUGCCUGGAGAGGAGUUUUACGGGGACAUGGUGACCAUGUGUGUUCUGUCUGGUAGACCUUGCGUCUGGCUUGUUGGCCUGCACUGCUGGGACUUGCUGUCUUUUGUCUGCCAGUGGGCAGCUGAAAAGUUUCAGAUAUGAGCAUCCUUUUAGGGCAUCCCAUCUCUAGUUCUCACAGUGAACACUUGCCUCUCAGAGCAAGCAUUGGUGUCAGCAUAGAAAGCGGUGUGUGUGAACAAGGACAGGAAGUACUGUCCAUGGCCUGUGGGGAGGCCCAGGUUGGAAGGGAAUGGGGAAGGGUAGCAAUCUUUUUAAGUGAUUUUCAUUCUCAUUUAUGAGUUAAACCUUGAUGCACUGGGACAUUUAUGCUCAGAAUCUCUCUUAAGAGGGUUUCCAGUGUUAACAUUUAUUGGGAUUGAUCCAGGCAAAAGAAGUAGUUUUACCAGGCAAGCUGGAGUGAAGCAUUGUGGGUCCUACUGGUGUCCCAUUUCCACUCUAACAAAUUCACAUGCAGGAUUUACUUUAUACUGUAGAAUACUGACUUUCAUGAUGACAACUUGAUUUAUGCAUGAAUAUCACAGUAUUUCCAUAUAGUAAAACAACAUUUCUGCCCAGGAUAAUAAUCAGUUUUCCAGGGAGGGAAUGAUAUAAUUUUCAUGACAAUGUCAUGUGCUGAUAGAAUUUCUCCAUUGAUGAACCUCUAGUAUGUGUGUAUACUUUAUUUACCCAUGUGUAUAUUUUAUGAUCAUGACCUAAACUGUUAAUACUUUCAUUCAUGUCCCAGUUGCCACACUGAUAUUGGCAACUGAGACUUAUAGUUGGCAAGUUUAGUCAUCAGUCAUACCAGUGUCACAGAGGUGAAGCCUAAGUUUAGAACCCAUCUGGCUAGAAAACAGGCAGCAUCCUGCAGGUGGCUGGGCUUGGCAUAGAUAUUUGGCUGCUGGUACCAGGCUUGGCAUGGCUUGGAGUGAGGGCCUAAUUACUCAGUUGUUGCUGGACGUCAGCUGUGCACACCCAAGCAUGCCCACUGCAUACUGGGUUAGUGCACAGCUGGACCCGAGCUUUCACAGAGAGCGCUGGUCUCCAGGAAACUGUCUUUUGGGCCAGGGUUUCACAUACUGUACUUUGUUCUCAGUCCCCUUAAGAUUUGAACACAGAAUAGGACAUUUUCCACUUUCCACUCUCCCUCCAGUCAGACCCCAAGUAAAGUCCCUUAUGUGCCAGCAUUCAGCUUUCAUCCAAGGAACCCAAAGCACAGAGGUGCUAGGGACCCCUUUGCAGCAGCCUCACAGACCUCUGCAUCCUUCUAGGAUGUUGGCUGCCUUGUCACCGCUCUGAUACCCAGCAUUCUCAGGUUGCCGUAUGUUUCCUGGUGUUUAGAACACUCAUGCCAACGUCGCUGUCUGACACCAUCUGACAGUUCAGUGAACAUCCUUUUCUGUCCGUUCCUAUCAACUUUUAUUUGACACAUUAAUCAGUUUCUGACUGUCCUUAAAACAGUAGAGAUGCCUCUAUUGUAUUUGAGUUUUGUGACUGACUUUACCUAUAUAUCUUCCUGGGGUUUUGUUUUUAAUUUUUAUUUUGCAUACUGAGGGUAUUUGGGGUGGGGUUGUUUUUUGAGAUGUGUAAUUCUUUUAUGGAGUUUUUAAAAAGAAUUUUCAUAUUGUUUUUCUAACAUGGCUUCAUUAAACGUUUAAGUAUUUUAAAAAUAUGUAAUAUUUGGACCAGAUGUUGUGAAUAAUAGUAGAGAUAAAGCUAUUUUAUUCUGUAUUUUUAAAACUGUUCCGUACAAAUAAAAGCUCUCCUGGAUGUA